AUGACCUCUUUGCAACAACUCACCAAUACAGGUAUAACAGCAACAUCACUCCAAUACCACCACCACCGCCGCCGCUCUCGCUUGCACAGAACAGACCUUAAACGACACCAAAGCUUUAACUCCCUCUACUCAAGAUCAUCUCUCUCUCUUUCGUACAAAACCCACUCCCUACCUGAUGUUACCAGUCGCCCCUCAUUUCUCCAAGAAAUAGCCGCUCUCUGUGAAGCUAAUAACCUCACUGAAGCUUUAACUCUUAUUCAGCCACACUUUGAGAAUGCUGCUUUUACUUCUUUACAAGCAAAAGAAGCAAUCGGUCUAUUGCUUCAAGCCUGUGGUAACCGAAAAGAUAUUGAGACUGGUAGACAACUACACAAGUUUGUUUCAAAGUCGACCCAUUAUAGAAAUGAUUAUGUUCUCAAUACCCGUCUUAUUACAAUGUAUGCAAUGUGUGGGUCUCCUUUGGAUUUUCGUUUAGUGUUUGAUACCAUGGAAACUAAGAAUUUGAUUCAGUGGAAUGCACUUGUUAGUGGAUACACAAGGAAUGGACUUUAUGGUGAUGCAGUUAAAGUUUUCGUGGAUUUGAUUUCGGAUACAGAGUUUGAGCCUGAUAAUUUUACUUUCCCUUGUGUGAUUAAGGCUUGUGGUGGGAUUUUUGAUUUUGGGUUAGGAGAGGUGAUUCAUGGGAUGGUGAUUAAGAAGGGUUUGGUUUUGGAUAUGUUUGUGGGCAAUGCAUUGGUGGCAAUGUAUGGGAAAUGUGGAGUUGUGGUUAAGGCGAUGAAAGUGUUUGAUUUUAUGCCUGAGAAGAACUUGGUUUCGUGGAAUUCGAUGAUUUGUGCACUUUCUGUAAAUGGGUUUUCUAGAGAGAGCUUUGAUCUGUUGAUGGAAAUGUUAGAAGAUGAAAGAUUGUUGCCUGAUGCAGUGACGGUGGUGACUAUAUUACCUGUUUGUGCAGGAGAAGCAGAAGUUGAUAUAGGAAUGGGGAUUCAUGGGUUUGCUGUGAAACUAGGCCUGAGCGAAGAGGUGAUGGUGAACAAUGCUUUGGUAGACAUGUAUUCAAAAUGCGGGUACUUGAAUGAAGCGCAGAUCUCAUUUGAGAAGAAUAAUAACAAAAAUGUGGUUUCUUGGAAUACCAUGAUCAAUGGUUUCUCUUUGGAAGGAGAUGUCACUGAGGCAUUUAAUCUUCUGCGGGAAAUGCAGAUCCAAGGAGAGGACAUGAAAGCUGAUGAGGUCACCAUUUUGAAUGUUUUGCCAGCUUGUCUGGACAAGAUGAAAUUGAGGAGCUUGAAAGAACUUCAUGGUUAUUCAUCGAGACAUUGUUUUCAAUAUGAAGAAUUGUCCAAUGCUUUUAUUUCAGCCUAUUCUAGGUGUGGGACACUGAAUUCUGCUGAGAAUCUCUUCCAUGGUAUUAGGGAUAAGACUCUGACCUCUUGGAAUGCGCUUAUUGGUGGUUAUGCACAGAAUGGUGAUUCUAUAAAAGCUUUGCAUUUGUUCUUUCAGAUGACAUGUUCUGGCCUAGGACCUGAUUGGUUUACAAUUAGUAGCUUGCUUUUAGCUUGUGCCCACCUGAAAUCCCUGCAGUAUGGUAAAGAGAUUCACGGAUAUGUACUACGGAAUGGACUUGAAACUGAUUUAUUUGUUGGUACCUCACUUCUGUCCCACUACAUUCACUGUGGGAAAUCAUCUUCUGCACGUGUAUUGUUUGACAGGAUGAAAGAUAAAAAUAUAGUAUCUUGGAAUGCAAUGAUUUCAGGUUACUCACAAAAUGGACUACCAUAUGAAGCCCUGGCUCUAUUUCGAAAAUCACUCUUAGAUGGAAUACAACCUCAUGAGAUUGCCAUAGUGAGCAUGUUUGGGGCUUGUUCUCAACUGUCAGCUCUACGUCUGGGAAAAGAAGCUCAUGGUUAUGCAUUUAAAGCCCUCCAAACAGAAGACAUUUUUGUAGGCUGUUCAAUCAUUGACAUGUAUGCAAAAAGUGGCUGUAUAAAAGAGUCUCGCAAGGUUUUUGAUGGGUUGAGAGAUAAAAACGUAGCAUCAUGGAAUGCAAUAAUUGCAGCACAUGGAAUUCAUGGACAAGGAAAAGAGGCAAUAGAACUGUAUGAGAGAAUGAAGAAAGUUGGUCAAAUGCCAGAUGGAUUCACAUAUAUUGGCAUUUUGGUUGCAUGUGGUCAUGCAGGGCUGGUUGAAGAGGGGCUGAAUUAUUUCAAAGAGAUGCAGAAUUUCAAUGUGAUUGAACCAAAAUUGGAGCAUUAUGCAUGUCUUAUUGACAUGCUGGGCCGUGCUGGAAGAUUGAAUGAUGCUCUAAGUCUUGCCAAUGAGAUGCCGGAGGAACCAGAUAAUAGAGUCUGGAGCUCAUUGCUCAGUUCCUGUAGAACUUUUGGUGCUCUGGAAAUUGGAGAGAAAGUUGCCAAGAAGUUACUAGAAUUAGAAUCACAAAAAGCAGAGAACUAUGUGUUACUUUCGAACUUAUAUGCUGGAUUAGGGAAAUGGGAUGACGUGCGGAGGGUGAGGCAAAUAAUGAAAGAGAUUGGCCUUCAAAAGGAUGCUGGCUGUAGCUGGAUUGAGCUUGGAGGGAGAGUUUAUAGCUUCGCUGUUGGUGAUAGUUUGCAACCAGAAUCAGAAGAGAUCCGGGUAAUAUGGAGAAGAUUGGAGGAAAAGAUUAGUGAAAUUGGAUAUAAACCUAACACAAGUUCUGUGCUGCAUGAAAUAGGGGAGGAGGAGAAGAUAGAAAUAUUGCGGGGGCACAGUGAAAAACUUGCAAUUUCUCUUGGAUUGUUAAAGACGACUAAAGGUACAACCCUGAGGAUUUACAAGAAUCUACGCAUUUGUGCAGAUUGUCAUAAUGCUGCUAAGUUAAUAUCAAAGCUCGUUGAAAGAGAGAUAGUUGUGAGAGACAACAAGCGCUUUCAUCAUUUUAGAGAUGGAUUUUGUUCAUGUUGCGAUUAUUGGUGA